AUGGCCCAAUACGCCGCCCAAGCAGCAUCCAACCUGAGCCCAACAGCCUCUUCUGCUCCUUCAACCGGUGCUGCUGCCCCCGCUCCCCCAUCAGCCGCUGGCGGCACUCAGCCGGCUGCCCAACACAAACGCGUCUACCAGGCAUGUAUCCCGUGCCGUCGGAGAAAGGUCCGCUGCGACUUGGGAAGCGUCGAUAACCCCCACGAUCCGCCCUGCGUGCGAUGCCGCCGCGAGAGCAAAGAAUGCUACUUCAGCGCGACACGACGAAAGCGCAAAACCGAGGACGGUGAGGCUGAUGCCGAGGAGGUUGACGAGUACACAAUACGCAAUGGCCGAAAGCGUGUCCAUGUCAGUGACAGCCCACCCGUCAGCAUCGACCGCCGACUCUAUAGCGAAGUGCCCUUGACCCCCGGGGGCUCCAUUGGCCGAAACCAACCUUUGCGCCGGCCGACCGAUCCUGCCAUACCCAUUGCCGGCCCAGGUUCCCGCGGUGCCGUGACCCCGAGUACCAUCAGCCAGGCGGAUAGUGUCCGGCGCACCACUGGUGACUUUAGCGCCGCCGACGAUGAGCCCAAUGCUCAACUCGAGAACCACGAGGCACAAGACCUCAUGCGACCCGGCGUCUACGGACCCCACGAUGCGUUGGACCUGCUAUACAAGGCGGCCACGGAUAGGUCAGUCCAGCUUCGCCAUUCCCAAGACGCGGCUGCUUACCCCCCGGCCCACAGCCCUGCAACGAAUAGCAACAAACGCCAUGAGAGCGUUGCCUCCGUGCCGUCCAUCCCCCAGCAGCCGCUCGUUGUAACCCCCGGCGCUACAAUGAAGCCCGUCGGUAACAGCCGUCCGUCGGUGUCAAUCAAGCCGGAACCGCAGCUAAUUGAUCCGGAGCUGACGAAGCGGGACCUGUCUGGAGAACCUGGAUACCAGGAUGCCAUCAAGGCUUGGGGAAGGUUCAGAUUCGUCAGGGCUGGCUGGUUUACGGCGCAGGAGGCCAUUGACUACAUUGACUACUAUUAUGAGUAUCUCUCACCCCUUACGCCCAUUUCACCACCAACUUUCCGAAACCCAGCGUCGCAUCUCACUCUAUUAACGGAAGAGCCCAUUCUCACGAUCACCCUCCUCACCAUUUCAUCGAGAUAUCGGAAGGUCCCUGGCACGGGUGGACAUUGCCGAUCUCAUGCCAUUCACGAGCAAUUGUGGACCUAUCUUCGCGGGAUGAUCGAGAGAUGCCUUUGGGGUCAGGAAGCAUUCGGUGGUGGAUUUGCGGCGAUGGCGGGGGCAUCAUCCGUCAUUGAAGACCAAACCAGCAGCACGGCGCCCUGGCGAGGAAUGCGAAAAGGAAGUCUGCGGACACUGGGAACUGUGGAGUCCCUGAUGAUACUGACGGAGUGGCACCCCCGUGCGCUCCACUUCCCCCCGGCUGAAGCCAUUGAUGAGCUUAUGCUUCCGUCGUACGAGGGCAGCGACCUCAUCAGCACCGAUGAGAAUGGGAACCAACGGCCAUCGGCCAACAUUGGCGGGCGGAGACUUGACAGCUGGCUUGAGCCUGCGUGGAGAAGCGACAGGAUGUGUUGGAUGCUUCUCAGCACCGCCAUGGGUCUCGCCUACGAGCUGGGUGUUUUUGAUGACAUUGAUGAGCUGCUUCGCGACGGCGCCAUCACAAGACCAGAGUACGAGGAGGAAACAUACCGUCAGCGCGCCAACCGAAUUAAGCGCUUGCUGCUCAUCUACCUCACCCAACUGGCUGGCCGCCUUGGCUGGACGAGCAUGGUUCCCGAGGCCCUUCGCAAGAGCGACCCGGCUGUGACCCGUCGCCGCCCAGCGUCGACCGAGGGCACAACCCCCGGAACCAACCCGUCAUCCAUGUCCAAUGCCUUCAACUACAUCCCGGACCUGGAGCUGGAUGACCAGAUCAUUCACUGCUGGGCCGGAAUCAGCAAUGCCAUGCACGUCGGGAACGAAAAGUUUUUCAAGUCCCGUAAGCAUACGACCGAUAUCAUCCAGAGCGGGAAAUACACCGAUCUUUUGAAAGAUUUCCAGCCGCUACUGCAAGAUUGGUGGAAAGAGUUCGAGCGCUACAGGCUGCCACCAUACAUCCGACACAUCCUGACCAUUGAGUAUGAGUAUGUCCGCAUCUAUGUCAAUUCGCUGUCUCUACAGGCGGUUGUUGAGCGCUGCACGAACAACGCCGGCCACACUGCUCAUGCGGGUCACGGUGCUCACGGCAACCAUAACGCGGGAAGUGCCGCUCAGCUUUCGCCGCAGACGCAGAAUUACUUUGGCAAGCUGCCUCUGGGUCAACUAGGUGGAUUCGGUGCAACCGAUCAGGAGUACAUCAAAGAAGUCAUCAGUGGUAGCCGGAACCUGCUCAGGACGGUAGUAGAGGGCCUUUUGCCGGGAGAAUAUCUCAAACACGCGCCAGUCAGGACAUACUUCCGAAUCAUCAGCGGCGCCAUGUUCCUACUCAAAACAUUUGCCCUCGGCGCGCCGCGGUCCGAUGUCAAGAUGAGCAUCGACCUGAUGGAUCAGACAGUGGAGGCGCUUCGCAACUGUGUCGUCGACGAUGUUCACCUAGGCAUCCGUUUCGCGGACUUGUUAGAAUCGCUGACCCGUCGCCUUCGCAACCGUUUCAUACAGGCACCCACUCUGGGCCAAAUUGGAUCUGCCGAUGGCAGAAGCCCAGAUCCUCAUGGCGUCCCCAACGGUACCGGGGCCGCCAAUGGACAACUAACCAACGGCAUUGAUGGUCACAGCUGGUCUAACCACGCUACCAAGUUACGAGAUGGACUUAGCGCACACGAAGAUCCAAACGCUAUUUCUGCGACACCUUUCGACCUCACCAGUGGCAACUUUCCCUACCCCUCCGGUGCGGCCUCUGUUCUUGGUCCAUCCACACCGGCACCACACACCGACAACGCCGGCACCGGCACCGGCAACAACACAAAUAACAACGCCGCGGGCUCUACUACGGGAAUGGACAACCUCUUCGAUUCAACGGAUUGGAACAACCCCAGUAAUGAGAUGUGGUACUUGCCCACUGGCCCGGCUUUCUUCCAAAAUAUGGAUAAUACGGCUGUCGCGAUGACGGCAGAAGGCGUCAACGUCGGCGGUUUAGACUUACUCGAGUAUAUGGCCAUGGACAACUUCAAUGUCAUGGACGGCCCUAACGGCGCAACGUCGUACCCCUGA